AUGCGCGGAACCUUGCGGCAGGCCAUGGGCGUCGUCAAGCACCGCCACCUGUCGGUAGCCCUGUUCGUCAUGUUCGUCAUCUACGCCACCGUUUCCUACACCAUCUUCGAGACCUUCGUUUGCGACCCCCUCGACGACGGCAUUUCCUACCUCCGCGCCGACUACUCCUUGACCUGCGAAACGGAGACCCACACCGCGUACCGGGUCUACGCCGGGCUCAUGAUCCUGGUUUAUCCCGUGGGAAUCCCGUGUGUCUUUGGCUGGUGGCUGUUCAAGCACCGCCACGAGCUGAAGCAAGAGGGCCGCGAGAGAAGGGCUGCGUUGAAGCCGGCGGCGGACUUGUGGGAGCCUUACAAGCCUAGCACGUACUACUACGAGGCGGCUCAACCCCCACCGUAUCUUGACAAACUCCCUCGACGCCUUUCCUCUCAAUGUCUCCCUUGCCCCCCCGCGUCCGCCGAUAUGCCUCCCUCCGCCACACCCACCCUUGAGAAGGUGGUCGAGUGCUUUCGGCGUAUCGCCCUCACCGGGUUCGCGGUGUUCAUCUACCCGGACAGCUCGGCACAGGUGGCGAUAGUCCUGCUCCUCGCUAUCGUCUUCAUGGUGGUGUCCGAGUUCCUCUCUCCGUUCGCCCGGCCCAUCGAGAUGUGGCUCUACCGGACCGGACACUAUGUGGUGUUCGCGAGCAUGUACCUCGCCUUACUGCUGCGGGUUGAUGUCUCCGACGAGAACAACCAGAGCCAAGAGGUUUUUUCCGGCGUCCUCGUUAUUGCGCACGCAGCCAUGCUCCUGGUGGUCGUCUUGCAGGGCCUCCUGAUCUUCGCCGGCUGGGGGGACCUCGUGGCGACGCCCGGCGCCAUCGCUAAUCUCGACGACACAGCCUUCGUGUCGAAGCGGGGUGGCAGUUUCUCCGACGGCGAUGUGGACGAGGCACAAGACGUCGGACGCUAUCGGGGAUACCUCAGGUACGGCAACAACGCCCCGGCUUGGGGCGGCAAUACGCGCGGCUUUAGCGAGAUCAACAAUCCUCAGAGACUGCGCGAAAAUAACCGUCCCAGUACGUAUAGCGCGGGUGCCGCCGCAGAACGGGGCAAGAGAUGGGAGAUCUGGGAGAGGCCGUUGCCGAAGGCCAGGCACAGCUUCUUUCCGAGCCCGACGGGCACGAAGCGCCAGGUGGUGCCAGAGGCCGAUACCGGCCGUAGCCGAGACGACUUAUCUGUCCGAGGCGUUAAGGGCCACCCAUCGCCAGGAGUGUCGCGGAGCUAUUCUUGGACGUCUUCCACCGGAGGGGACGCUCCCCCGUCAACGGUGGCGCACCAAGCGGCGACGCGAAACACGGAGGCUGCGGGAGAAGAGGGUAAGAUUGGGUCGCGAGCUAAUCCGAAGAAGUGGGGCCACUCCCAGUCUUUCCCCGACCAGGACGCCCAGGUUAAGCAAUCGCGUCCUCGCAGCGUCGGCUAUCACGCGGCGGCUAAGAACGCCUUACUGCAAGGAGGGGACGCCGUCCAGGCAAUGGGUGACCAGCGUCCCCGCACUGGCGGUAGCUCUAACGAGGGCGAGGGGAAGGGGCCUACCGCGGCGGACGAAGGAUUAGCAACAGCCUAUUGGGAUGCCGGUUCGGUCCACACGCCGGUGGAAGCGAGCCACCACGACAGUACUAAGCCGAAAACGACGACGGCAGGGGCGAGCAGGCACAAGCGGUCCGUGAGCAGCGGCCACGGAGGCAGCGCCGACGUCUCCCAUGUGUUGACGGAGUCCUCCUUCCCCUCCGUCGCCACCGUGGAGUACAAUAAGGACAAGUGGGGCGCCGCCGCCGACACCCCGGGUACCGGCCGCGGAACCGCCGCCAGCCCCUCCACCGUAUUCACACCCCUUGCCGCUAGAGGUCGCUCGUCCGACAGCAGCCCUGCCAGCGCCGCUACGCCUACCGGCACGGCUACGCCUACUGGCGCUAGGACAGCGGCCUCCACAGGGUACCGAAGGUCGGCCACCGUGGGAGCCGCGGGCGACCUCCCCGCUGCCCCCCGACUCCCGAAGGCGGCGGCGCUCAGGGGAAGUCGAACCCCGCAGGGCCGUGACGAGUGCCCGCCGACCUACGCCGACGCCUGCCUGCACUCGAAGCCGCGGAGCGGCGGCGGCCACAAGCCGUUCGGCAAGGGGUUGUGGUGGGACGAGAUCGACACAACCGCGGCGUCGACCGGUCGCGGCGGCGUUGUUGCCGGUACCGGCGGCAAAGCGACAACGAGGUUUCGCCCGUCGCCCGCCAACACCACAGACCUCUCCCGCGAUGACGGUGGUAGCACCGCUGCUACGGUAGUUGCUUCUGCUGCAGCUGCUUGUGCUGCGGGAGAAGUCACGACAAGGACGGUGUCCGGCGCCGUGACGUCGUACCACUCUCCGUGGCGGCGCCGACGGCACGCGCAGGUUGUCCUCAGCCCACUGAGUUCCACGAUGUCGGGGAAGAGUUCGGCAUGCGGCAACGGGGUUAACCCUACCAAACCGGCUGCGCACGGAAACGAAUUCACGGCGGCGAUGUCGAAGAGCGGGGCCGGGGAAUCCGGUGGGGGGCGGAGAGAGACCCUCAAGCCCGAAACGAAGGAGAAAUUUUCUACCGAGGGGCUGUUCGGGACGCCCGCUAGGGUCUCCCGGAAGCCGGCGACCGCGGACGAUGCGCCCCCCGGCGGCGACGAGGGGACCGGCCGCGCGGCUCAGGUGUCGCCUUCGGAACCGGGGGUUCUAGACAACCUGGACAACGCACCCUCCUUCACAAGAGCCUUCAGGUCGCUGUCGAGCGGUACCCUUGAGUGGGAGUCGGGCAGGAGCUUCAGUGCCCUGGGCUGCGAAGCGAAGAUCAGCUUUUUCCCGGAGGGUUUCUCGUCGGUGCGCUCGCCGGCCGGCCUGGUCGCCGCGUCUACCGCCCGCGGCGGCGGCAGCGGCAGUGGCUCCAAUAGCCUCGGCAGCGGCGGUAGCGACGCGAUUGGCUUCGUCGGCAUCUCCAGCGAAGGGACCUUGCAAGAAGGCGGCCUUAAUCGCGCGAGCCGCAGCGGUGCUGGCAGCGAAAAGAGCGAAGCAAGCCGCGGAGGUCUGCUGAAGCGCAGCAGGAAGGACGUCAUCGCUCACUACAUGAACGGGCUCCGGCGGGACCGCGUAGAGUCUUUCGAGCCGAGCGCUGAAUUUUCCGGCCGUUCGAGAGGUCUGAUGCGAAGCCCGUUGAGAAUCAACCGCCUGCUGCAACCAGGGAAGCGGGAGAUAAGACAGCGCGUGCCCAGGCUAAGGCAUCAGCUGCGGCUCACCAGAGUCGCUGGGCGAGGCUCCCGACCUUCUGAUUUUCGGUGUAGCUUGUCUUUGGUACAGUUUUCUGUGGACAGGCCUUGUUAGUGCGUGGCUUUACGUUAUCCCCACGCGUCUUCUUGUCAUGGGUGGAAUGUUGAGAGUUUGUCGUCAGGGUUCUGUGCGGUUGUCGUUCACGCCUGGAGCCAUCGAACGAAGCAAGGGAGCGUGAGUUUUUAUCGCGGGGGUGCCAUUGGACGAGCAUUGGUCGUUUUUCUAGAGUGAGUUCGAAGGCGUAGCAGUAGCAUGACGAGAGCUAGCGUGCCCGCUGCACGUGAAGCACGCACCCGUUGCCGUUACAGAGGAAGAUCAAGUUUCCGCUAGCUCUGUUCCUGCCGUGCCAAUAGCCGGUAGGCGCGCACGCCCCGAACGACGUUCGACCGCCAAGUUGGCAGGCAAGCCUGGAAAUCACUUUUUUGUUUUUUUUUUCGGAGGUGUGUGUUAACAACGUGUUCUGUUUGUAUGAAGUCAUCAUCUAUGUCAUGAUGAGCUAUUGAGAUUUACUGGGUGGGUGGCCUUCACGCGUGGCACGAAGUGUGUUUCAGCUACGACAAAGUCGAUCCUGCCGUUCCAUGUCGUUAAGCGCAUUUCAUAACACGAAUUGCAACUAUUCCCUCCUCGUGGUACUCUACGGCAUCACGAGUGGCUUGCUGCUAUUCUCCGGUGAAUGGAAUCGUGUUCAGUAUUGUCUAGUGCUUUUCUCUGGCAAAUGGAAAUGUGUUCAGUAUAGUGCUAUUCUCUGGCAAGUUGAAGUAUGUUCAGUAUUAAAGUGGUAUCGCAUGUGUGUGAGUGCAAGGAGUGGUCUGUUGGCGUUUAAGCCAAGAUAACAGCAGUGACGGUAUUUUUCGUUCCAGUUUGCAGGCGUUUCGGGGUCGUGUUCGUGUCUUGUUACUGUUCAGUCGAUGCAAUUUGUCUGUGUACUUGUCGGCUUAUCCUCCCCACCCUUGAUGAUUGGCAGAUAAACAUUACUUUAUCAGGGUCGUGUUGUUGGUGCUAUCCGUGUCUGCGCAGACAGGUCAUGUUGACGGGAGAUUGCAUGCCACCAUCCGAGAAAUCUAAGGACUGCUAACGCUGUAGAUUGGCUCUUUUCAGACGUAUGUUCGUGACGUGUGCAUGCCUCGGAAGCAUCCAGCUAGCCGUAGGAGGAGGUCCUUGGUUUUUCUGCACGAGUUUGUCUACCGCAUCUGUCAUCUUUAGCGUUGCCAACAUGGGGAAACGCCAUUCACGUGUGGUGGGUAUGUUUUGUACAAAUUGUCGCUUGGCGUGGAU